AGAAAUAUUCUACAAUUCCCGGAAAACAAGAUUACAAAUGAUCAAGUCACAAACACUUAUAGCAUACAAAUCUUUAUCUUUAGAACUAUUCUUAUUAAACUGUUGUUGUAGUCCUUUCUUGCUGUGCAGUUUUCCUUUGCCUCUUGUGAUGAAUCAGUUUCAGGUCACAGUUGGAAGUUCAAAGGAGAGAGAGAGAGAGCAAAGCUACUACUCUUGUUGUCCUGUUUGUUUCCCUGAAGAUUCAACUAACUCUUUGUACCUCUUUGUUGACUUUCAAGUCCCACAAUCAUCUCAUUUUAAAGUGCCUCAAAUUUUUCUCCUUCUUCUUAGCCAUCAUAUUUGAAGAACUUUCCUUAAACUUUUCCCAACCAAACUCCAUAUCACAUCCUUGAAUCGUGCUAGUUCUUUCUCAUCCUUUUCUCUUCCAAAAAGCAAAUAUCAUAUCUCCGUUGUCUUCACAAAAAUAAAUUCAAUCUUCUUUCUUUGUGCCAGUUUUUCAUCUGGGGUUUUUCUGAAUUAUGUGCUCAGAAACUAGCCCACCAAGACUAUCCUUCUCCAGUGAUCUUGGCCAAACAGAUGUUAGGCCACUUCAAGAUCACAGAAGAAGAGACACAUCACUUUUGGACAUGAAUUGUGACUUUGAAUUCAGCAUUAGUAGCUGCUCACAACAUGAAUCUUCCUCAGCAGAUGAGCUUUUCUCUCAUGGAAUAAUCCUUCCGAUUCGACCCCGGGAGAGGGUCAACUCGAAUUUUGCACCUUCAAAAGAAACAAAACAAGAAAGAGAUCAAAAUUCCCUUCCUCCUCUCCCUAAUUACGCCGAGAAUUCGAAGAGAGAAACGCAUAAGGAAACCACAGUUGUGUGUCCUGACCAUUUGGUGGGGCAGACCAACAAGCCUCAGUCCAAGUCCUUUUGGGGAUCUUUCAAGAGAAGUAGCAGUUUGAAUUGUGAGAACAAAAGGACUAGUCUUCUCUGCUCAUUACCACUAUUGUCAAGAAGCAAUUCAACUGGUUCUGUGCCAAUUCAGAAGAGGAAUUCUUAUAAGGAAGUUCACAAUAAGAACAGCAAUUGGCAGAAGCAGCCUUUGAUUUCAAGGUCGUCGUCGUCGUCUUCGUCUUCGAUCUCGAAUCCAUAUUCGGUGCAGCAAAAGCCGCCAUUGAAGAAGAACUAUGGAGGGUCUUAUGGAAAUAGUGUUCGGAUCAUUCCUGUCAUUAAUGUACCACCUCCUUACAUUCCCAAAGGAACUGCAAAGCUCUUUGGUUUAGGCUCCUUUUUGCAGCAUGGCAAAGAUAGAAAGAGCAAGAAGAAUUAUGCAGUCAUCAAGCCGAAAUAAUGCACAUUGUUUUAAAGUGCAAAAAAAGAGUACAGUAAGG